UAUGUCAGCUCAGCCCGUAAAAGCAAUAGAGUUCAGAGCUCAACUCUCUCUCUUUCUCUCUCUCUCUCUCUUACAAGUAGUACUGAAUCUGAAUUCAUUUUCCGAGAAAACUUGAUCGCCGGAAGUUCCGUACUGAGUCUCCGACGACUAACUGUAUUGUUUUUUCCGGCAAUGUAUAACUCACGCGCUCAAACUCUCUUUCUGCUUCUACUUCUUCACUCGGUGCUGCUAGCACCUCUGGUCUCUGCUCAGGGAUCUAAAUGGUCUACACUUAGCGGUAAGCCGCCUAAGGUCAUUGCAAAUGGUGGAUUUUCAGGGAUUUUUCCUAGUUCUACUUCAUAUGCAUAUAAUUUGGCAUUGCUGGUUAGUGUACCCGAUGUGGUCUUGUGGUGUGAUGUUCAAUUAACAAAGGAUGGAGUUGGGAUUUGUGCGCCAGAUCUCCUGCUAAGUAACAGUUCUGACAUUAUGGAUAUUUUCAAAAAAAGGAAUAAGGCUUACCUGGUUAAUGGGGUCCCUACCAAAGGAUGGUUUUCUGUGGAUUUCACCUUCAAGGAGCUAUCGACUAUUGCCUUAACUCAAGGAGUCUAUUCUCGAACUAAUAAGUUUGAUGGCAAUGGCUUCCUAAUUCUCAAAGUUCAAGAUGUGGCUUCAACAUAUAAGCCACCAGGUUUCUGGUUGAACGUUCAGCAUGAUCAAUUCUUCACGCAACACAAUUUGAGCAUGAGAAGCUAUGUAAUUUCUGUAUCAAAAUCUGUAAUUGUUAAUUAUAUUUCAUCACCAGAGGUUGGUUUCCUAAAAAGUAUUACGGCACGAUUUAAUCCAAAAACGACAAAACUGGUCUUCCGGUUUCUAGGACAAGAUGAGACUGAGCCUUCAACCAACCAGACUUAUGGUUCUCUCUUAAAGAAUCUUACAUUUGUCAAGACGUUCGCCUCUGGAAUUAUGGUUCCCAAGUCUUACAUAUGGCCUGUAGAUGCAAAUAAUUAUUUACUACCUCAUAUGUCUGUUGUUUUGGAUGCUCAUAAAGUAGGGCUAGAGGUUUUUGCAUCAGAUUUUUCAAAUGAUGUUCCAUUUAGCUUCAAUUAUAGUUACGAUCCUGUAACUGAGUUCUUGAAUUACGUCGACAAUGGCAUCUUCUCUGUUGAUGGUGUGCUGACCGACUUCCCAAUUACUCCAUCAGAGGCUAUAGAUUGCUUUGCUCAUCUAGGUCAAAAUGCUUCAGCACAAGCAAAAGCUUUGGUCAUCUCUAAAUAUGGAGCAAGUGGAGAUUACCCUGGUUGUACGGACUUAGCAUAUAUGAAAGCUAUUAAUGAUCAAGUAGAUAUACUUGACUGUCCUGUUCAAUUGGCAAAGGAUGGGACUCCAUUUUGCUUAAGCUCAAUAAAUCUGAUAGAUAGCACAACAGUUGCUCAAUCAAUUUUCAGCAACCUUACAAAAAGCAUUCCAGCUAUCAAGUCUGGCAGUGGAAUAUUUACCUUUAGCCUGACAUGGAGUCAGAUUCAAUCUUUGACACCGUCCAUAGCAAACCCCUAUGCAGGCUACAGAUUGUUCCGGAAUCCAAAGUACAAAAAUGCUGGAAGAUAUCUAACAUUGGCUGACUUUUUGACCUUGUCAAAGAAAGCUAGCUCUCUUACUGGUGUCUUGAUCAGCAUAGAGAAUGCGGCCUACCUUGCAGGAGAGCAGGGAUUAGAUGUAAUCAAGGCAGUGAAAGAUGCAUUGAGUAAAGCUAGUUAUGAUAAUCAGGUAGCACUAAGAGUCAUGAUUCAGUCCACUAACAGCUCAGUUCUCCAGCAAUUCAAGGACAAAACGAAUUAUGAGCUUGUAUACAAGGUUGACGAGAAUAUUCGUGAUGCCGCAAACUCAGCCGUUGGGGAUAUUAAAAAGUUUGCUCAUGCUGUGGUUGUCAGCAAGACCUCUGUCUUUCCUGAAAAUAAUGCAUUCCUUACUGGUGUUACUGAUACUGUAUCGAAGCUAAAAUCAUUUAAACUCCCUGUUUAUGUUGAAACCUUCAGCAAUGAGUUUGUGUCUCAAGCAUGGGACUUCUUCUCAGAUGCAACUGUGGAGAUCAACUCAUAUGUCACGGGAGCCAGUGUUGACGGUGUCAUCACUGACUACCCCAAGACAGCUGCCAGAUACAAAAGGAAUCCAUGUUUAUUGGGCAAAAACACACCUCCUUAUAUGUCCUCUGUUCAAGCUGGGAGUCUCAUGCAAUUCAUUACUUCUGACUACAUGCCACCAGCUGAGGCUCCGUUCCCUGUCCUGAAUGAAAGUGAUGUGAUGGAGCCACCUAUACCACCUGUUUCAGCGACGACAGCACCAACUUCCAGCCCAGGUGGUGUAAAUACAACAAUUGCUCCAACUCAACGGAAUGGGCAGUCUAAAAUUGCUUCAUGCUUCUUCCUUUCAUAUCUUGCAAUGCUCCUUUCUGCUCUUUUUCUAGUUUGAAAAUUGUUCCAUGAUCACCCUUCUUAGCUGCAUGGCAACAAGGUUCCAAAUUUUUCCUAAACAGCAGUGAAUUCUUUCUUCUUUUUUGAACAUUGUAGGUAUGUUCAUUCUUCCCCAUGUAAUUUGAGAAUACAAAUUCUUGAGAGAUAGAUCCUAGAUGUGAUGAUGGAUUUAUUCUGAGUAUGCAAUUUGUAUUUCUGUUUUGUUGUAAAAUAUACACAAUUAUUCUUUGGUGUGCA